AUCGACCAAUCGGAAUGUUCCAGAGAAUCCUUCCAUCCGUGUUCAGUCGGUUGACGAAAAGCGCCUCUGGGAAACAUUAUUAAAAUGUAUCUAAAAGUUUUCUAUUCGUUGUUGUUGAUGUUGAGUUUCUAUGGAAUCCCUUCAACCGGACAGAAGAAAAAGGAGACCCUGCUCUCUGAGAAGGUGGGUCAGCUUAUGGACUGGACAGGGAAGAGAGCUGUGAUCCGUAUGAACGGGGAGAAGUUUCGUCGCUUUGUGAAGGCUCCUCCCAGGAACUACUCUGUGGUCAUCAUGUUCACUGCCCUGCAGCCACAGAGACAGUGUGGCGUCUGCAAACAGGCUGACGAGGAGUACCAGAUCCUAGCUAAUUCCUGGCGUUACUCCAGUGCCUUCACCAACAAGGUCUUCUUCGCUACCGUCGACUUUGAUGAAGGAUCUGAUGUGUUUCAGAUGUUGAAUAUGAACUCGGCUCCCUCCUUCAUCCAUUUCCCAGCUAAAGGGAAGCCUAAGAAGUCCGACUCCUAUGAGCUGCAGGUCAGAGGCUUCGCUGCAGAACAACUGGCCCGCUGGGUCGGGGACCGCACUGACGUACAGAUCCGUGUGAUCCGUCCUCCUAACUAUGCGGGGCCGUUGAUGCUGGGAUUCCUGCUGGCAGUGAUAGGAGGACUGGCUUACCUCCGCAGAAACAACCUGGAGUUCCUCUACAACAAGAACGUCUGGGCCUUCUCUGCUCUGUGUUUCUGCCUGAUCAUGACUUCAGGUCAGAUGUGGAACCACAUUAGAGGACCUCCCUACGCCCACAAGAACCCCACCACUGGACAAGUGAGUUACAUCCACGGCAGCAGUCAGGCCCAGUUUGUAGCAGAAACUCACAUCGUGCUGCUCUUCAACUCUGCUGUUACCAUGGGGAUGGUGCUGUUGCACGAGGCUGCCACGUCAGAUAUGGACAUUGGCAAGAGGAAAAUCAUGUGUGUAGCAGGGGUCGGUCUGGUGAUGCUCUUCUUCAGUUGGCUGCUGUCCAUCUUUAGAGCUAAAUACCAUGGAUACCCUUACAGUUUCCUGUUGAGUUAGAGCUGGGAGAAAGAAGCCUGGAAGUUCCAUAGUGCCUCGGACGCCUCACACACCAGAACAACACACUGUUCAUCGGGGGUUAUCUCCUCUGUUACUGGAAACUACCAGGAAGACAUUGUUUACAUUGACGUUCACAAUGUCUUUUUAUUAAUAAAUACUGUACAUGAAUAUAUACAUAAUCCAUUAAAUGUAGAUAUGAAGGUGACCAUUGACACCAGCACCAGACGGAUCAUAACAGUUAGUCAGUGUUCAACAUGGUGGUGAGAUGGAAGGAGGGGAGGGGGGAUAAGGUUGUUCUGUCUACAUAGGGGAGGGGGGAUAAGGAUGUUCUGUCUACAUAGAGAAAGGAGGAUAAGGAUGUUCUGUCUACAUAGAGGAGGGGGGGAUAAGGAUGUUCCGUCUAGAUAGAGGGGAGGGGGAUAAGUUUGUUCUGUCUACAUAGAGGAGGGGGAAUAAGGAUGUUAUGUCUACAUAGAGGAGGGGGAAUAAGGAUGUUCUGUCUACAUAGAGGAGGGGGAUAAGGAUGUUCUAUCUACAUAGAGUAGGGGGGAUAAGGAUGUUCUAUCUACAUAGAGGAGUGGGGAUAAGGAUGUUCUAUCUACAUAGAGGAGGGGAGGGGGGAUAAGGAUGUUCUGUCUACAUAGAGAAGGGGGGAUAAGGAUGUUCUGUCUACAUAGAGAAGGGGGAUAAGGAUGUUCUGUCUACAUAGAGGAGGGGGGAUAAGGAUGUUCUGUCUACAUAGGGGAGGGGGAUAAGGAUGUUCUGACUACAUAGGGGAGGGGGGAUAAGGAUGUUCUGUCUAGAUAGAGGAGGGGGGAUAAGGAUGUUCUAUCUAGAUAGAGGAGGGGGGAUAAGGUUGUUCUAUCUAGAUAGAACAUCCUUAUCCCCCUUCUCUAUGUAGAUAGAAGAGGGGGGAUAAGGGUUAUAUCUACAUAGAGUAGGGGGGAUAAGGAUGUUCUAUCUACAUAGUGGAGGGGGGAUAAGGAUGUUCUAUCUACAUAGGGGAUGGGGGAUAAGGAUGUUCUAUCUACAUAGAGGAGGGGGGAUAAGGAUUUUCUAUCUACAUAGGGGAAGGGGGAUAAGGAUGUUAUAUCUACAUAGGAGGGGGGAUAAGGAUGUUCUAUCUACAUAGGGGAAGGGAUAUAAGGAUGUUCUAUCUACAUAGAGGAGGGGAGGGGGGAUAAGGAUGUUCUAUCUACAUAGAGGUGGGAUAAGGAUGUUCUAUCUACAUUGAGGAGGGGGGAUAAGGAUGUUCUAUCUACAUAGGGGAAGGGGGAUAAGGGUGUUCUGUCUACAUAGGGGAGAGGGGAUAAGGAUGUUCUGUCUACAUAGAGGAGGGGGGGAUGAAGAUGUUCUAUCUACGUAGGGGAGGGGGAUAAGGAUGUUCUAUCUACGUAGGGGAGGGGGAUAAGGGUGUUCUGUCUACAUAGGGGAGAGGGGAUAAGGAUGUUCUGUCUACAUAGAGGAGGGGGGAUGAAGAUGUUCUAUCUACGUAGGGGAGGGGGAUAAGGAUGUUCUAUCUACAUAGGGGAAGGGGGAUAAGGGUGUUCUAUCUACAUAGAGGGGGGAUAAAGAUGUUCUAUCUACGUAGGGGAGGGGGGAUCCUCUAUGUAGAUAGAACAUCCUUAUCCCCCCUCUAUGUAGAUAGAACAUCCUUAUCCCCCAUCUAUGUGGAUAGAACAUCCUUAUCCCCCUUCCCCUAUGUAGAUAGAACAUGCUUAUCCCCCUUCCCCUAUGUAGAUAGAACAUCCUUAUCCCCAUCCCCUAUGUAGAUAGAACAUCCUUAUCCCCCCUCCUCUACGUAGAUACAACAUCCUUAUCCCCCCUCCUCUACGUAGAUACAACAUCCUUAUCUCCCCUACGUAGAUAGAACAUCUUUAUCCCCCCUCCUCAAUAUAGAUAGAACAUCCUUAUCCCCUCCUCCAUGUAGAUAGAACAUCAUUAUACCCCCUCCCCUAUCUACGUAGAGGGGGGAUAAGGAUGUUCUGUCUACAUAGAGGAGGGGGGAUAAGGAUGUUCUAUCUACAUAGAGGAGGGGAGGGGGGAUAAGGAUGUUCUAUCUACAUAGAGGAGGUGAGAUAAGGAUGUUCCGUCUACAUUGGGGAGGGGGGAUAAGGAUGUUCUAUCUACAUAGAGGAGGUGGGAUAAGGAUGUUCUAUCUACAUAGAGGAGGGGAGGGGGAUAAGGAUGUUCUGUCUACAUAGAGGAAAUGGGGAGGGGAUAUUGGUCUGCAGUGUUUGUACUGGUAUAUGCAUCUAAAGCUCUGUUUUGGUCUAUGGUUCUACAGACAGACUGGGUUAGAGAGAGGAGAGGGUCUGUAACUGAGUGUUGGGGUUAUAGAGAGGAGAAGGUCUGUAACUGAGUGUUGGGCUUAGAGAAGGGAGAGGGUCUGUAACUGAGUGUUGGGGUUAGAGAGAGGAGAGGGUCUGUAACUGGUUGUUGGGGUUAGAGAGAGGAGAGGGUCUGUAACUGAGUGUUUGGGUUAGAGAGAGGAGAGGGUCUGUAACUGAGUGUUGGGUUAUGUGAUAUUUGAGUGACUUACCUGCUGUAUAUCUCUGUCUCAGGUGGAAAUGAUACUUGUUGCCAUUAAAGUGCCUUAGUGACUAAA